GGCACAAGCUGUUGGAGGUCUGACUGGAAACUUUCUUCUCGUAACUCAGCAGCGCUCAGUCCUCAGCACCAUCGCAUUUUUCCGUCUGAAAUGUUCAUCACUGGACUCGGUAGGACUUUCUCAUGAUGUGAAGUAACGGUAUAACACCUUCAUCUGAAGCUGAAAAAAAGACCUGAGUGAAUUUUACAACUUGGAUAAACUUCGGACCUGAAUGACAGCCGCUUUUUUUACACCCUGACGCUGGACUUCAUGAUGGAGCCUUUUCUGUAUUUGCUCGCCUUCGUGUUAACUCGCGGCUGUUCGGGUCUUGGGUAUGCGGAGUCCAGUGUUCAGACAGGUCAGAGAGCCGCGAGCAGACACAGGAACUGGUGUGCUUAUGUGGUGACACGCACAGUAAGUUGUGUGAUGGAGGACGGGGUGGAGACGUACAUCAAACCAGAUUAUCAGCGCUGUACCUGGGGCCAGUGUCCACGAGUAGCCUACCGAACAUACAGGAGGCCAAGGUAUAAGGUAGCUUACAAGAUGGUGACAGAAAUGGAGUGGAAGUGUUGCCAUGGUUACUCGGGGGAAGACUGCCAUGACGGGCCACACGGGACCCCGGACACUCACAUCACGCAGACAGGUCACAACACAGGAGGUGGACAGAGGGGAGGAGCAGGUGAUGCAGACAGGAUCAAACAGCUGGAGGACACCAUCCGUGGUCUGACCAAAGACCUCCACAGCAUGCAGUCCACCAUUCACGGGAUAAACCAAAGACUUCCUGGACUGAGCCCUUCUGACUCAGCUCAACCUCACAUGAAAGACACUAUAAACAGUAUUCAGACUAAACUGGACCAUCUCUACAACAGAACACAGGUCCAUGAUCAGACCCUGCUCACUAUCAACAACCACCUGGUGAACGGGGGAGGUAAUGAACUGGAUGGAACGCCUGGGAGAGGAGGAGGAGCAGGAGGGAACCAGCUGAAUACACUGAAGGAGGAGAUACUGACUGAGCUGGAGAGGAGGGUGACUCUGUCCUGCUCUGCCUGCCAGGCUGGUGUGGAGGACUUGAGACAGCAGCAGAAGGAGGACAGUGAACGCAUCAGUGCCCUGGAAAAGAGGAUCAGCUCCAUGGACCAGUACUUGAGGCAAAACUUGGAAAUAUCCCGCCGUGAGACCGAACUCUCCCAGUCCUGCUGCAACACAGUCACAGAUCUCGAAAAGAGGAUGUCUAACGUAGAACUCCGGGUCACGUCUACCGAAAACAAGUGUGACACCAUUAGAGGGCAGCUGGAUAAUGAACUAGCUGGUUCAGGUGGAGGAAAGGGAAGAGUGACCGAGGACCGGUUCAACAGCAGGCUGAGAGAAUUGGAAAAGAGGAUGAACACCACGGUGAGAAAGACGGAGCAGAGGUGUACUAACACAGGGAACAACGUGAAAGACACCGUCCAGAGAGAUGUCACCCAGCUGCGCAACAUGGUCCUCAGUCGGCUGGAUGAUCACAGCUUCAAGAUUGGAAAAAUAGAGCUGGAGGUGUCUGUCCUUGGAGACACGGUGACAGAUCACAGUCGACGUUUAAGCCGGCUGGAGAAUAUCACAACCUUUCUUGACAGAAGGCUGACAUCAACAGCAAGCAUGUGCAGCGAGACCUGUGGGCCUAAAGGAAAAGACCAGACGACUGAUGAGACUGUAAAAACCUUGCAAUGGAGAGUUGUUGCGAAUGAAGAGAAGAUCCAGAGGUUUAACACCAAGCUGAAUGAUUUGUCCGUGACUGGGGACUCACUGAUUGACAGAGUGAUCGACUUAGCUAACGAUGUCAAAAAGAUACAAAGUGUGACAGGGAAGGACGGCGAGCACUUUAACCGGAUAGUCACAGAGGUAGAAACGUUGGGCCGGGACUUUGAGGACUGCUCUGUUUGCCGCAGACUAGAGCAGGACUUGCUCUUGCUUUCCAACUCGACUACAAGAUGUCAGACAGAACUAACAGAUCUGUGGAGAAAAGUGGAUGCAGGAGAAACUGUUUGCUCUCAGGUUUGCUCCAACCUUCAGGAGGAAGUGGGACGACUCAGAGAGGAAGUGGAGGAACGUACCGGGCAGUGUGAAACCAGCAUAAAUGAUCUGAGGAAACGUUUGGACGGGCAUACUGUCCACAAUGGAAGAUUAGGAGGAGAUUUAAAGUCCAUUCAAGGAGAGCUGGCUGAGGUCAUGGUCACAUUUAACUCCAUUAAUGAGACACUGAAAGGCCUGGGAAGGACCGUGCAGAGACAUGGAAACACUCUGACGGAUCUAAUCAACUCCAAGAAUAAUAUAAUCUCUGAGGUGGGCGAUUUGCAAAACAAGUUAACGGAGCAUGAAGAUGAGUCAAAGGUUCGAUUCGGCAGUCUGGGCAAAGAGAUCCAAAUCAUCAGGAGCAACUUCGUAACCGAGGUGGGGGAGUGUCGACGGUCCAGCGACGGCCUGGAGCGAAGGCUUUCCAAGCUGGAGGGAGUCUGUGGCCGCUUUGACUCUUUCUCACACAGCCUGGAGAGGAUCAAGGAGGGCCUGAACAGACACGUAUCCGGCCUGUGGAGCUGCGUUAAUGGACUCAAUGUCACGGUGACGUCUCAAGGAGAUCUCAUUGACAAUAUCCAGAACGUCCAGCUGGAGACCGUCCACUCCAAGAUACACAUGCUGAACUCUUCAGUGCUGGACUUGGGCAGGCAGUUCCAUGUUUUCAGAGAACAUGAUUUUAUUGGUCCACCAGGUUUACCAGGGCUCCGUGGAGAGAGAGGCGAGCGUGGACCCCAGGGUCCUGUUGGACCCCAAGGGAGGGUGGGACCUCCAGGUAGAGAUGGCAGACAAGGAGCAGUUGGACCCCCAGGUCUCAGAGGCGAACAGGGUCGUGCAGGUUCUGAUGCCCACGUGCCACGCCUUUCUUUCUCCGCUGCACUAACUCGCCCCAUGAGAGACUCGGGAACCAUAAUGUUCAACGAAGUCUUUGUAAAUGAAAGAAAUGCCUACAAUCCCAAAACAGGUUUAUUCACAGCACCUGUACGUGGCAAGUACUUCUUCAGCGGCAUCCUGACAGGCCACAAAAACAUGAAGAUCGAGGCAGUGCUGUCCAAGUCCAACACUGGUGUUGCUCGAGUGGAUUCAGCAGGAUAUCAGCCUGAGGGGCUGGAGAAGCCCAUGGCAGAGGCCAAACACAUCCCUGGAGCUCUGGCUGUCUUUAACAUCAUCUUACCAAUGGAAGCAGGGGACACGGUCUGCAUUGAUCUUGUAACUGGCAAGCUGGCCUCUUCCUCCGAACCUUUGACCAUCUUCAGCGGGAUGUUACUGUAUGAAACUAACUGAUUAGUUAGUAUGCUUUCAGUUAAUAGACUGAGAACGUCUCUCUGUUGGACUCCAAGGAGACGGAGCCUAUGACAGUCGGACAGUCGGAAAAAAAUGGACUGGAUUCAGCCAGCAAAGAGAAAGAUGUUUUAUAGUUUACUGUAUUGUUGAGAAGGAUGAAAACUCAUUUUUGAACCUCAAAUGUUUUGUGUUUCACAGCUUUAAGGAAAACUAUUAGAAUAAAAAGUCAUUAUGUUUUUUUUAUUCUUUGACAUGUAUUUUCCUUUGGAAGAAAAGCCACUGCAGGUUUGUCUUAUAAAUCCAUAUUUUCAUGUCACACUAUCAACUUGAAUACUUCACAGAUAACAGUGUAACCUGUAAAAGGAUUUGGAGUUUUUUUUUAAUGUGCGCUGUACACCCACAGCUAUUCUCAAUCAUUAAGUGGUCAUUAUAUCCUUUUUUCUAGUUUCUUAUUACUCAAAGUUUCACUCUGACUAUUCCCAAAAACAUAUACUUCAGUGUCAGUUGUAUUGGAAAAAAUGCAAAAGGGACAGAGUCCAAACCACUGUUCUCUGGGAGGAAAUGGACAAAUGAAGUCACUGACAGUUCAGAAGAGAAACCACAGGAUUUUAUAAAUCAUACCACAAAACAAAAAAAAAAACAAUAAGGCUGAUUUAGGAUAUUAGCUAUGCCCAGAAACAUGAAGGAAGGCGUAUCGGGGGGAAAGAAGGGGAAUUUCUUUUCUUUGUCCUUAUAAGGGCCAUGCAAAGUCAACAGAGGAUCAAGAUGGCCCAGUUAAACUGAAGCUGUUACUAUCAGCCUAUCAUACAAAGGAAUUCUUAUGUAAAGCUAAUGCUAAUAAACAAGGAGGCUAAACUUGUCUUUACUGCUCUGCUACAAGUCUCGCGUCUUUAAUGACCACCAGCACAUACCUUUGAAAGUUUGUUUUCCUAAAGUGCUCAUGAUAUGCAGUUUGUUUAUAUUACUGAAUGGACCUUUAAAAGACACAUUGCAUGUUUUCUGCAGAUUGGUCUUCAGAGUAUUUCAUUCACAUACAUGCUAGUCCAGACCUUGAAUUUCUCAGCGUGGGAGAGUAAUUUUAUGUGUGUAUGCAAUGUAUACCUUGUCAGAUUGUAAAUAUUUUUCAGCAAUUGUUCUCUUAUAAGAUUUUUUUUAAAGUUACCACUUCACCUUGACAGGUACUCUGUAUGUUUUUUAUGUUUUUUUUUGCCACAUGUGUGCCUUAAAUACAGACACCCAUUUUUACACAGUUUAUGUCAAGUCUUUUUUUUUUUUACUAAGUGAGUGAGUCUGCAGCCAUUUUUACACACUGUUUUGACCAUUUUGAACUUCUCUUGCUUAGUCUGGCACUGUUUUGGCCUGCACAAAUACACACAGCUGGGCUGACUUUUCUUUCUGGACCCUAUUUAAGCCCCUUUCUCUCAUCUCUUUGAUGGCCUGCCUCUCUCUGGCAGGCUAAUUUUAGCUCAGUACUUCAAAGAGAUUUCUAAUGUUGCACUCUAGUGACACCUUGUGUUCAAGAUCCCAACUUUUGUUACAUGAGUAACGUUGAGGACUCUUAGGAAUAAGCAUUGCUUUGCACAUUCAUUACCUAUCAAUUGGAAUUAGAGAUCUUUUUGUCAGAAUCUCUGCAGUCAAUAGCUGUCAUUCCAUUGAUACACAAACAAAGUCAUUCUCAGGACUUUGUAAACUGAUCUAUUUGCACUAUCACUCAAGGGUAAAGAACCGGUAAUCCUACCUAGACUACUUAACGAUGUAAGAAUGCAAAACAAGUUCGGAAAUAGAUAUACACAAAGCCUCAUGGCAAUUUGCAACCACUUUGAGGGAGCUCAGGAACAUGAUAAAAGAAAAACAAAAGGUCAGAAAUACCAGUGCAAGUUUAAUGCAAAUGACAUGGAAAAAUCCACCUGGAACUACAAGGAGCCCAUUUUCUGCUGCCACCAUAUUCCAACACUGCAGAGUUUCCAGAAGCAUAAUGUGUUGAGCGUUAGGAGACAUGGCCAAGAUAAAGAAGUCUGAAAUAUGACCACCAUUUAAUAAGACGCACAUGUUGGAAUGGCUAUGGACUUGUAGACA